AUGGCCCUGUCCAUUUCCGAGGCUCAGGCUGAGCUGAUCAACUCGUUGGCUCCCGACGAUAUCCCACACAAACUACGAUGCGCCAACUGCAGCAAGCUGGCUGUCAACGCCCUACGGCUGCCUUGUUGUGAACAGGCCAUCUGCGAAACAUGCCACUCGAACCUCCCCCAGUCGUGCCCCGUUUGCGAGCAUUCUCCGUUAUCCGCUGCGGAUUGUAACCCCAACAAGUCGCUGCGUACUACUAUAAGAGUAUUCCUGCGCACAGCGGAGAAGAAGCGAGAGGCAUCUCGGCCAAAGGAAUCCAAUGACUCUACACCUCCGACACCGGUCGAUGCACCGAAACCAUUGCUACCCGACGAAGGAGCCUCAGCCUCUGUAGAAGGGCCGGCCGAGAAGACAGUAGAUGCCAGUGGAGAAGCGCCUGCACAAGAUACGGCGCCGCAGCAGGCUAAUGAGCCAGCCACUGGCCACGAAGAGGAGAAACAGCAGGAGACGGCACUAAAUAGCACGGAAGAGCCCUUGAAAGAGCAACCGAUUGCUGCUACUGAAGCUCAGGAAAGCGAGGCCCCCGCAGAUGAAGACGAUGGCACGGCCAACAGUCAAGAGCAAACCGCGGUUGCUGAGGGUGAGGAUGGUGCUGACCAAACCGGCAACGACCAAGAGCAAUAUGGUGCAUCUGAUGCAGCGAAUGGUGGAUUUCAACAGAAUAUGAUGUUUCCUGGUGGAGAUUUCAACCAAAUGCAAAUGAUGAUGGCCAUGCAAAAUGGAAUGGGACCCAAUUCCUUUGGUGGGUUUCCUAUGAUGGGCAUGCCGGGAAUGGGCAUGGACCCGAUGCAGAACAUGUACAUGAACGGAGGCUUUCAAGGCAUGGGCAUGAACGGCAUGGGGGGCUUUGGAGGAGGAUUUGGACAAGGCUCCAAUGAUAACUGGAACGGUGCACAGCAGUCAUGGAAUUUCGACCAAAAUAAUUACAAUCAAAAUGGCCCAGGCAUGGGAACUGGUGACUUUGGGAAUUUUAACUCAGGAUUCCAGACAGGAUACAAUCAAGGUAAUUAUGGCCACUUCAAUGAUUAUCGUCGCAACAACUACGGUCGUGGCCGUGGGCGCGGCCGCGGAUUCUAUGGGGGGUAUGGCCGGGGUGGCUACCACCAACAAGGCGGCGCCAUGAACUAUCAUGACCAGGGCCAAUAUUCCCAGUACAACCAAGGACAAGGGGCAGCUGCCUUUCAAGGCCAAGGUGACGCUGGGCAGCAGCUGAAUUCGACGGCGGCAAGUGCUCAGGCUGACGAGAAUGCCAACGAAGGCGCAAGCCAGGCCAAGGCAUCGGAUGCCCAAGGUACUGACGGGUCUAAACAAGAUCCCUCCGAAGCUGCAUCUCGUGAGACCCUAGGCAAUGAAGCUUUUCCCGCCGGCACCAUGCGCCCGUCGACAGCCCAAUCAGACGGAUUUAGUAUGCAGAACCGAAAUGGCGUGGCGGCCAUCCGCUCCAUUUUGACGGCGCCGGAUGCACCUAUUAAUGCCCCCAAGGGCCCCAAGGCCAUGCGUCAAGGAUUGCCCAAUACUAGCCUGCUGAAUCUGCGAGCCAGGGGUUUUCAAGUUGAAGAUAGUGGCUUGCCGGUGCAAAAACCUGCUGCCGUCAUAUCGCAGCCGCCACAGGCAUCACCGUCGAACCCAACUACUCAACCGGGCUCUAGAAGUAGUACCCCUAACCUUGACAAAGUGCGAGACCGUGAUCCCCUUCGUGAUCGCAGCAAAGAGCGGCCUAAAGAUCACGAUAAACGUGAUAGAGGGGGAGCAACUGAGGACCUCAAUGGCGCUCAGGAGAGAGACCGGGAGCGAGACCGAGUAGAUCGCGACCGAGGCAGAGAGCCAGAGCGCUCCGGCUCGAGAAUAAGUAGUAGAAGCCGAAGCCUAGAUCGCAGCAGCCGCAGCCCAAGUCGCAGCCGUGGACAUAGGGGCUCCCACAGGCGACAACGGCGUCAGCCUUCCGAGUCUGUAGGAGAGGAGGAUAAAGAUGACUCUUACCGUCGGAAGAAACACCGGAGCAGUAGAAGACAUUACUACGACGAGGAUGACGAACAGUCGUCUCAACGGCUAAGGGAGGAUAAAGCAGUUGAACGGUCCAGAUCGGCCUCUCCCGAUGAUGCCAAACGUUCCAGCCACCGCAGCCGCAAAGAUAAGGAGAAGGACCGAGACUAUGAGCGGCGCAAGGACAAGUACAGAGACGAAGAGGAUGAUCGCCAAAGAUCGAACCACCGCUCAUCUCAUCGGGACCGGGGAGACUACGAGCACGCCUCCAGACGUCACGACAAGGAGAGAGAGCGCGACAAGGAUAGCAGCAGUGGCCGCAAGGAAAAGGACCGCAAGGACCGAUACCGAGAUCGGGAUCGAGAGCGAGAUCGUGACCGGGACAGGGACCGAGACCGAGACCGAGACUACGGCAGCCGACACGGAAGUGGCAGUAGGAAGCACUCGGUUGAUGGCACUGCCACUCCCAGCGGCGACAAGGGCUUUGACCCGCCAACGGGCCCGCGUGGCUUUGACAUCAAGGGGGGCCCUCGAGGUACCGGGGCCGGUUCCGCCCCGCAGAAAGAUGCGCAUACUCUGGAAAGAGAAGCGCGGAAUCGCGAACGUCUGCUGAAAGAAGCCCAGCGCAUGGCCGGGCUCGCGGGGCUGGCGGGCUCGAAACGCAGCCGAGACGAUGCCGAUGACGGGGGCCGCAAGGGGCGACGCAGCCGGCGCAACGACAUUGUCGACGGGGACGGCGAGGAGCGGAUGCGGAGGCUGGAGGCUGAGAGGGAGGGAGGACGUUGGGGUUAG